GCUACCAAACACUGGGUGACGUGUUUCCUGGGCGGAACUGAGUGGUGUGGUACCCGCUAAAAGAAAACAGAACCGUGCAACACGUGGAUUUGUUUGACACAGACAGCACUUUCUGAUAUGCUAUUUAAUUUAUUUUUUGACCAGUACUUUUGUGUUCAUGCUUAAUUCGUUGCAGAAACAGUCGGUGUUUCAUAAGCACCCGUCGAGGCAGCGCAAAUCAGUGAUAAUCGACGUCGGGCAAGUCUCUCGUGGUAAGGAAUACAUGACACUUCAGCAGAUCAGUGGAUUAAAUAAGUAUGGCUCUCGGUAGCGAAGACAACACAACCCAGCUUGCGUCGCCGAGCACGCGGAAGAAUGUAACGUUACCGGUUGUGGCGCACGUUGGAGAUCUGAUCGACAUUGAUCCGCACUCGGAGCUCAUCUUCGAAACUCCUCCGCCUGAUGUUGUUGACUCUAUCAAUGAGUGUUUUGAGCAGUUCACCAGCACCGUGGGAAAAGAAGUGAUGCUGCAGUCCAUCUUUCCUCGGGCAGGGACCUUAAAUGACUCUGGUGAAAGCCUGUUUAUAACGCAGUCUAGGACUAAAGCAGUCCGAACUGGAAGACGUCUUAGAUCAUCUAAGAGACCAAAGUCCGUCUCUGAUGAUUCUGGUAAUGGGAGAGAGAAUGAAGACACUGAAAAUGAGAGGGGAAGUGGAGGUCAGCGUGUGGAGCACCCAAACAGAAGAAAAAGUUCCAUCUAUAUUCCUCCUCGAAGAUCUACCUUUCCAUUUCUGUUGAAAUCACUCACACGACAGCACCUGUCCUCAAAGAAGCACCAGGUUCUAGAGAACUCAGAAAUGGGAGGGUUCUUAAAAUGCAUAAAGAAAAUCGAGGAGGGUUGUGUAAACACAGGAAGAGCAAUCAGUCCAUCUGUGCUGGAGUCCGAACCAAGUGAUAACUCUGAGGGGGACGACCACAACAGUGAUCAUGAAGUCACAAAAGUGGAUAGAACCAUUUUUGUUCCAAAUUACUUUAAAGGAAACAAACAAAAAUGGCUUCCACAAUCUUUCUUGGAGAUGAGGAUCCAGAAUUCACUUUCAGACGACAACGAAAAACAGUUAUUCAACACCAAAGGAAAAGAAAAGAAAAGAACAACUAAAUCUACCAAAAAAGACAAGGCGAGUGCUUCUGUUAAAAAACAAUCAAAAAACAAACUCAAAGCUCCCAAAAGCAGAGCUGCGGCCAGGACAUCAUCAGAAUCGUCUGUUGAUUCUCUCUAUAUGGAACAGGAAAAACAACAUGAGACGCAUGAGGUUUUAGCUUCAUGUUCAGAUGCUGAACACUCAGAUUCUGCCCAUUACAGACAUCGACUUACUAAGCAGACUGUCCAGUGUGCUAAGAACUUGGAUGGAGAUCAUUUGGUGGUAAUUGAAGAGACACAGAGAAACUCUAUAGAGGCACUUACAGAAGCAGCAGUUCACAUGGAACAUGAUGAUAAUGCAAGUUCUCCAUCUCAAGCUGAUGAUAUGAUUGGACUGGAAACCACGGUGUCAGAUUUGCAGUCAGAAAACAGAACAGAACAUGUGGAAAAAAUCCUUUCAGACAGCUUGUUUACCAGUAAACAGAAAAAGAAGAAAAAGCACAAAUUAAAAGAGCAAGAGGAAGCAGAGUCUGGUGCAGAUACUCAUAGUGCAGAAAAUGUUUAUUCAGUUGAGAUGGAUCAGUUCAGUGAGUCACAAACUGCUGAGAUGGCACCCAAAAGAACAAAAAAGAAGAGAAAAGUCAAAGAGAGUAUAAAGACAGCACAUGUAGAGGACAAUAGUGAAACAGACUUCCAGUCAAAUGAAACUUCUGAAGCUCCUGAGACCGAACAACCUGAGCAUAUACACACAUCAGAGGAAGUCACAGGAUUAAAACCAGUGAGAAAGAAAAAGAAGAAUGGCAGUGAAGAAUCUCAGUAUGAAUCUGUUGAUUUUGCUCUGGAUGUAAAUUCAGUGUCUCAGUUUGAUAAUGUCACUGAUAGAUCAACUACUCGAGAGACUGUUGAAGAACGACCAAGCGAUGUUCUUGAACAUACAGAAGCUGAAUUAAAUAACGGUGAAUGCUCAGAUUCUGUCCAGUGCGCUGAGAACUCUGAUGGAGAUCAUUUAUCGGUAAUUGAAGACAGACAGAGAAACUCUGUGGAGGCAGUUGCAGAACCAGCAGUGGAGCUUGAGGAUGACCUGACGUCUGACGAUAACCUGCUCAACAAAAGCAAUUCUUUGUUGCCACCCCAAGGGGGAGACAUUUCUAUACAGAAUGAUAUUCAACAGACUGACAGUGACUUUGGCUCAGAGGAUUUAUUCAGGCCAUUGAACAGUCAGAACCAUAAGGACAAUCAAAUUCAUAAAGCGCCAUCUAUUACAGCGAACAUGGAGGAGAGCGAUCAAGACAGUGAUGUGACUCAAAUAGAGUCAGAAGGACAGUUUGUGUCCAUAUUUGGACCAGGAACACCAAGAUGGUGUGAUGGUGACCGCCAUGCACAUGAGGACAACGACAGCGACGAAACUCAAAUAGAGACUGAGGGAAAAUCUGUGUCCGUGUUUUGGCCAGGAACACCAAACAAGCAGUUUACAACUCAAGACAUGAACGGUACCAAACACCCAGAAUCCCAAAAGACAGACCAGAGUCCUGUUGGCCUAAAUGCUGAACUGCUCUCAAGGAAAGAGGAAAAGUGUAACAAUAAAAAGAGAAAAACAGUGUCAAGAUCUCAUAAGGAUUCUGAAGUUACAGAUGUAGAGGAGACCAUGAAUGUGCAACCAUCAUCUAAACAUUUACCACUAGCUAAUGAACCCUCAAGUGAAGAAGUUUACUCAAUUUCAUCUGAGCGCCUCAACUUGAGUAAACGAAGGAUGAUGAAGGAGAUGGAAACAGAUCCUCAGGAAACUCCUUUGUUUAAAAAUGGUGGACUGAGCUUUAUUAAAAGAAAAAGAAAGGGAAAGGAAAAAUUUGGUGCAACUAAUUUCAUACAGUGUGAUACAAAUGUAGAUGUGAGCUCGGAAUCUCCAGCUGAUAACAUCACUGGAGUUAAAACAACACCCAGAGAGAACGAGAAACUGCAUGAAGUGGAAAAUAGAGUAUUGAAUGAAGAGCAAAGGGACGCACCAGUUUUACAUUUGGGGGAGACAUCAGAGAUCUUGGAGGAAAGUGUUUUAUCUACGGUGGCAGAUAACGGUGUUAUCACAAAGGUUAAGAGGAAAAAGAAGAAAAAGUACAAAUUAAAAGAACAUGAGGAUGUAGAGCCAAGUGUAGAAAAUCAGUCGGUUGAGAUGGUUCAGUUCAGUGAAUCACAAACUGCUGAACUGACAUCCAAAAUAACUAAAAAGAAGAAGAGAAAAGACAAAGAGAGGACUAAGAUGGCAUAUGUAGAGGAGAAUAGUGCUACAGACAUCCCAUCAAAUGAAACUUUGGACUCUGAUAGACCUGCAGAGUUAAGAGUAAAUGAUCAAUCCAGUGAAGUUCCAGAGACCAAUCAACCUGAGCAUUUACAGACAUCAGAGGAAAUCACAGGACUUCCAACCCCUAAUGUAACUACUUUAAAAUCAGUAAAAAAGAAGAAGAAAGGAAAUGAGACCGAAGAGCCUGAAUAUGAAUCUGUUGUUCUGGAUGUGAGUUCUAUGUCUCAGUUUGAUCAUGUUGAUGGAGUGGUCAUUGAAGAAAGGCCAAGCGAAGACAACACAGCUGGACAUUUAGAAGGUAAUACUCCACAUAUUUCAAAAGCUGCCAAACGCAAAAAGAAAAGUCAGAAUGCAAGUUCUUCAAGUGAUGACAUUACUGGACUGGAAAAACAAGUGUCAGGCUUGCAGUCUGAAAGCGCAGAAGAACUCUUGGAAAAGAAAACGAAGAAAAAGCAGAAAUUAAAAGCGCGAAAGACCACCGAACUUGCUUCAGAUAUCGGAGACAGUGUGCAGUUGAUUCAACACAGUGAGUCACCAACUACGGAUUUGCUAUCCAGAAAAACCAAAAGGAAGAGAGCAAACAAAGACAGGGAAAGAACAGAUAGCUCAUCAAAUGAAAUUUUGGACCACAUGGAUGAUAGACCUUCAGAAAUGAGAAGAAAUAAUGUGAUUCAGUCCAUUGAAGCCACCAAGACCAAUCGGUUUGAGCAUUUACAGACCUCAGAGGAAAUUACAAGAUGUCCUUCACCCAGUGUAACUAAAUUAAGCCCAGGGAAGAAAAAGAAGAAAAAAAGGGAUAGAAGUGACAAACAACAGUAUGAAUCUAUUGACGUGAAUCUGGAUAUGUCUCAGCUUGAUGUCGUCUGUGGGCUGAUGGCACAAAAGAUGAUUGAAAGAAGGCCAAGUGAUGGCAGUGCAGUGGAACAUUUGGAAGGUAAUGCAGCACAUAUGUUAAAGGUUGCCAAACGCAAAAAGAAACAUCAGAAUGCGAGUUCUCCAUCUCAAACUGAUGAUCUGAUUGGACUGGAAAACACGGUGUCAGAUUUGCAGUCAGAAAACGCAACAGAACAUGUGGAAAAAAUCCUUUCAGACAGCUUGUUUACCAGUAAACAGAAAAAGCACAAAUUAAAAGAGCAAGAGGAAGCAGAGUCUGGUGCAGAUACUCAUAGUGCAGAAAAUGUUUAUUCCGUUGAGAUGGAUCAGUUCAGUGAGACACAAACUGCUGAGAUGGCACCCAAAAGAACAAAAAAGAAGAGAAAAGUCAAAGAGAGGAUAAAGACAGCACAUGUAGAGGACAAUAGUGAAACAGACUUCCAGUCAAAUGAAACUUCUGAAGCUCCUGAGACCGAACAACCUGAGCAUAUACACACAUCAGAGGAAGUCACAGGAUUAAAACCAGUGAGGAAGAAAAAGAAAAAGAAGAAUGGCAGUGAAGAAUCUCAGUAUGAAUCUGUUGAUUUUGCUCUGGAUGUAAAUUCAGUGUCUCAGUUUGAUAAUGUCACUGAUAGAUCAACUACUCGAGAGACUGUUAAAGAAAGACCAAGCGAUGUUCUUGAACAUACAGAAGCUGAAUUAAAUGAUACUAAACACAAAAAGAAGAAGAAACGAUCAAGUUUGUCUGUUAAUAACAGUUCUGAGUUCAGCUCUUCUGAUACACAAAUGCAGGAAACUGUCGCACCUGAGAGGAAGAGGAAGAAAAAAAGAAACUCUGAUCACAUCACAAAUGUAGGUGGAGAAUUGACUUUGGAAAGAUCUGAUUGUACAGCGCCGUUUGAAAAGUCUCAGAGCCCGAUGUUGAAAUCACUUGAGGCAAUUACAAAGAAAUCCAAGAGAAAGAAAAACAAGGAAAUGAAUGAAAGCGUGAAUCACAUACCUGAACUAGAAACUGUACAAACAACGAGGACUGACUCAAUCAUACAACACAACAAUGCAGACAGACAGGCCAACGUUAUUAUCUCACUGGGAGAUUCUGCAGAUUUUAGAAAGAAAAAAAAGAAGAGGAAGAAGGAUACUGAAAAUAUGAUGGAAAUCUCCAUGUCUCCAGACACUGACUCCGCUGCAGCAGACACACCCAAAAGAGCUGAAAAACAGAGGCAAAGGUGUCACGACAGAGCACGUUCUGUUCCAACUGAGUGUAAUGCAAAUAACUUUCUUCAUUCACAUAGAAAACAUGACGCGUAUGAAGAGAAUCGCCUAAAGGAGGGAUCUGGGCCAAGAGAAUCAUCUGUGUCUCAGACUGAUGAUGUGAUGUUGCACAAAAGCAAGAAAAAGAGGAAAAGAAGGGAGGAAAGUUUCUCUGUACUUGAUAGCUAAAACUCUUCAGUGCACAAUAGAAAAGUGUGGGCAGAAGAUGAUGAUGGUAUAUUAGUUACACAGAAUAAUAAGGGGAGGAGGAAAAUGAUAAAAAGUAAUUAUGCAGUGGCAGAGCGUUUUAGAGCUCAGUUAAACCGUUUCGAAAGAAAAGUAAUCUUAACCUCUCAGACAUUUAAGAUGAGCUAUUUGCAUAAAGUGUUAGUGAAAGGUUUUCUGUUCAUGAUAAAUGGCCAAGAAAAAUGGGAAAGCAAAGAGAGGUUUACAGGUUAAUAUAAACAAAAUGUUUAAAUCUGUGAUUUAAGUCAUUUUUUAAAUUUAUUUUUAAAGAAUUGUUUUGUGAGAAAUGAAACACAAACACCUCUACAUUAUUAUUGUUACUUGUUUUGUAGAUGUGAAGAUGAUCAACAUUCUAGUGACUGGGUUUAUUUUUAAUAAUCAAAACAUUUUCACUCGGUUUAUUAAAUUAUUGUACAGCCAAAUUAUACAAUCUCUUCUAGAGAACCGUAUCAUUUUUAUUAUCAGAAUCAGAGUAUUUUUAUACAGAGGCAAUGUGUUUGGUCAGUAUAACUCUGACUUACUUUAUACAUUUGCAUUAUGGACACUUUAUGUUACUCUGCUUCAGAGAAAUAAAAUAUGACGGGUUUCCCCGUGUGAUAAACACAUCUUUACAACACCUGCAUUUUAUUCUUUCUAUUUAUUAAGAGCUAAAUCUUAACAUUUUGUUUGAGUGUUUAUAUUUAAUGUGUAGAUAGUUUCAUGUCUUUGAAUUCAUUUUGCUGGAUGUUGACUACUUUUAGUUACACAAAAAUGAAAAUUCUGUCAUCAUUUAUUCACCCUCAAGUCGAUCCAAACCUGUAUAACUUGGUCUUCUGUAAAUAUAAAAGGUAAUUGAGAAAAUGUCCCUCUGUCUAUAUGUCCGUCCGUCCGUCCUCCUUAAAAUGGAAAUCAUUGGGCACCAGAACAGUUUGGUUACUAACAUUCAUCAGAAUAAUUUAUGUUUCACCAAAGAAAGUAGCCAAGUCAUACAGGUUUGGAACAACAUGAGAGUAAGUAUACGUAGUAAGUAUAAAUUUAACUAUUACAUAACUAUUACUUUCAUCCUUAUAUUAACAUUUCAUAAAAACAGCACAUCCAUUCUUCAAAU